GAUUCCACGUUGGCCCGGACGUGGCACUCGGCUGUAGUCCUGAAGUCCUGAAGUCGGUCAGACGGAUCCGUGUUCAACUCACUGCUACUUUUCUUUCUUUCUUUUAAAGUCGUGGAUUUAAAAAAAACACACGUACUUCUUCCCACAGACUCAAACCUCCACGCUCAGACAUGGGGCUCGCCAUCUCGUCGGUGUUUAACCAGCUGUUCGGUAAAAAACAAAUGAGGAUUUUGAUGGUUGGGCUGGACGCUGCCGGAAAAACCACUAUCUUGUACAAAUUGAAGCUCGGUGAAGUUGUAACCACCAUCCCAACCAUUGGUUUCAACGUGGAGACGGUAGAAUAUAAAAAUAUCAGUUUCACUGUAUGGGAUGUGGGUGGCCAGGACAAGAUCAGACCCCUCUGGAGACAUUACUUCCAGAACACACAGGGCCUCAUCUUUGUAGUGGACAGUAAUGACAGAGAACGAGUGGCAGAGUCUGCAGAUGAGCUCCAGAAGAUGUUGUCAGAGGACGAGUUGAAAGAUGCAGCUCUGCUUGUGUUUGCUAACAAACAGGACCUCCCCAACGCUUUAACAGUCAGCGAACUCACAGACAAACUCGGCCUACACUCCCUCCGCAACAAAACUUGGCACAUCCAGUCAACCUGUGCCACCCACGGCACUGGGCUGUAUGAGGGACUUGACUGGCUAUCCCGAGAGUUGUACAAGAAGUAAUGAAGGAUCAGCUGGACGGAAAAGAGAGAGAGAGAGAAACACCGCAGGACAGGAGAGAAAGCACAGACAUUCGAUCCAUCAACAUUUGGUCUCCCAGCACCAAUGUUCACAAACAGGACAAGGCUGGUGGACAAUAUAACCAACUUUGGAAAAUUUUAAUUUCUCAUAUGUUUUCCUUUAUUACCAAUUCUAUUUGCAUAUUAUCUCUUUUUACAUAGUCUCUUUUUUUUCGUCCUUUUGUUACCAGACUCUUACAUGGCAACGGACUGUUAAUGCACAUUCACUUGCAUGAAGAGCAAAUGGCCUGUUGGGGAAAGUUCAUGAAAAUUGGGGGAUAUGAUAAUAUAACCCUAGAGCUUUGGUAAAGGACAACUUGUAGGCUGCGACAAGCUGUUCAUCUCCAUAACCCCUUGUGGAUAUUUGACUCCCUUACAGACCUAACCCUUUGCUCUUCACUGCGAUGUCUUCAAUCUCAUGCCAACUUGUUUCUGUGAAGGCCUGUGGCCCGUAGAAUGACAUGGUCAUUUCAUGGUGAUUUCGUAGGUAGUUUUUGAUCGAAGUGUGGAACCACGUGGCCUCUCAGUAAACUGAUCCAAAAAAAAGGAACAAUGUGCCUUCUAGUCCCUCUUUUAUACAAAUCUGAGUGAUCCUUUCCUUGUCUCAUUCUUAGGCUGUCCCUCCUAAGAUGCUUUAGUGACUCUUUUUAAAAACAAAAUAAUGCAAUAAGACACUUCCUUUUGUGUUACAAUGUAUGCUGUGGUGCAGAAGAACUGCACCAGUGUGUGUGUUGAUUCUUUUCUUUGCAAUUUGACUUCACUAUCAAUCAGGAUUUCAGCCUGUUUGACAGCAUUUGUCCUCAUUCCUCUUCCUUCCCUUUUUUUUUUUUUAAAAACCACCAUAGAAAAAGGAUUUAAUACAAAUUUCAGUUCUUCUAUCCAGUCAGAAAAUAUUUUUUCGCCAUUCAAGAACAGGAAGGAAGUACACUUUUCUGUGUUGACACAUGACCAGUGUCAGUACAGCACUGUUCAGUAGCAUGGUUUUGUUGUGUUUUGUUUGUUUGUUUGUUUUGUUUUUGGCAUUGGCUUAGUGUUGAGUUUAUUGUACUGUCUGAAGGCAAAUAAUGUGUUGUAUCACUAAUUAUUCUACCCCUUGAAACACAAAAUCAUACCAGCACAUUACUUUAUUUGUGUAUACAUUCCAACCUAUGCUUGCAGUUGCUGGAGCUGCAACUCUGCCAAAAUGAUUUGCUAAAAAUAUUUUACCAAAAAAAAAAAAAAAAA